AUGUUUGACUACACCAACUUUGACCACGUCUUUGGGUCGCUACAAUUCCCUUACGAUCGCAAGGCCAUCCAAGGGAUCGACACGUUCCGUAAGAGUCUCGAUGGCGCCCUGUUCAUUGACCGGGUCCUAAAGGCCCUGGGUCUCACCAAAGCCAAGACUUACCCCCCAAAGACGGAGAACGCCCUGCGCACCCUACACCAGCAACUCUGCGAAGCCGCCAUAUCGAUGCACCACCGGCUAUCGAUCUUCUACUAUAUCCUGCUCGAUUUUGACACCAGCCAGACUAGGCCGCAGGCGUCGUCCAAGUUUGCUGUGACUUCGGGCGUCCCGAAGAACUACCAGAUCUUCAUGAAGGGCUUGUGGCUAAUGGACCAUCUGCAAUUCGAGAAAGCACUCGAGUACAUUGCGCACCCCUCGCUUACAACCGACUUCGCCGACGAGAUCAUGACUGCCCUCGUGCGGCACGCGGCCGAGGGGGACUACACCUUGCCCCUGUCCUAUUUCCACACGGUACAGCCUAUCCUGAAGACGUCUGCGGCACUGGAGCUGCUGUUCGACGCCAUGUCGCGCACAAGCGUCACCGAGGCACUGUAUUUCUCCAGGACACACGCCGAGGCGGUGAGAGCACAGCUCUUCCGCCAACUGGUCGCGAUAGUGAUCGGUGCCCCUGCAAGUGAGGAGACGGCUGCGCGUGCCACUGAACUUGUGGGCCUACCUUUGGAUGCGACGGAGGAGACUUGGUUCGAGGAGUAUCUGUCGCAGGAAGAAGGCAAGAAGCUGAGGAGGGCACGGGAUACGUUGCUCAUGCGCAAGCUCGUCACGGGACGAUUGAGCGAGGCCGUCAAGGAUAAGAAUCUGGGAGGCAGAUGGGGAGUUGUCUUGGAAGGCAUCAAGAGCGGAUUAGGUGGCCGGGCAGAGUAA